UGUAAACUCAGUAAGCGAACGGCUCUCAAACGCCACGGAUGUACUUUUAAUUUCGUUCUUUGCGUUUUAUACAAAUCAUUCCGUCCAAUAUCAAACAAGUUAUUGGACUAUUAUUGCGGUUGCUAAAAUUCGGCGAAUUAUCGUUGAAAUUUUGAGAGUUACAAGUUGAACAAUAAAUAUCAAUAAUCUGAGUAAACGAAAACAUUCACAAACAAUUAGCGGGAGUUUCGAAUAUUUUGGAUUUUGGUUUCUUCAUCAAAAGUGGCUUUAAACAUACAAACUGGAUUCCAACAAGCAGUACGUGUCGCGAUUACAUCGCGGCUAUCGCAGGCUUAAAAAAUUAUUCAAGCGUGUGGCGAACCAGGCGCUUACCGUUUCGCCACAGCCGGCAGUGACGGUGGAGGAGCCGGUGUCAAAAAUGUCUCCACCCACUAAUGACAUGACCAACGGUGUUGUGGCUAAUCAAAAUACCAUGACGCCACGUUUACCAGCAGCACCAAAUACGGAGAUUACCACUGCUACUACCACGACAACGGUAUUACCAACGCAUAAACGCACGCCUAAGGACUUCAUCUUUGGGAAGGUCAUUGGCGAGGGCAGUUUCUCUACCGUUUACCUCGCAAAAGACAUUCACACGAGUCGUGAAUACGCAAUAAAAGUAUGCGACAAGCGAUACAUUAUCAAAGAGAAGAAGACGGAAUACGUCAAACGAGAGAAAGAGGUGUUAAACAUGUUGGCAGGUGCAAAACACUCGUUCGUACGUUUAUUCUGCACCUUUCAAGACGUAGACCGCCUUUACUUCGUUCUCUCCUACGCCAAGAAUGGUGAACUACUGCCUUACAUCAACAAAGUCGGUUCCUUCGACAUCGAGUGUACAAAAUUCUACUCAGCCGAGAUCCUUCGUGGUCUCGAGUACCUUCACGGUCUUGGUAUAAUUCAUCGUGACCUAAAACCCGAGAACAUUCUCCUUGACGAGAAGAUGCACGUACUCAUCACUGACUUUGGCAGUGCCAAAAUACUCAAGGAGGAUCCAGAGUUGGAAAGACCAAGUGACAACUAUGAGAAUCGAAUACAAUUAGCUAGACGUGAAAGACGCAAUUCCUUCGUUGGUACAGCGCAGUACGUUUCCCCAGAACUGUUGACCGAUAAAACAGCAUCAAGAGCUUCAGAUCUUUGGGCUCUUGGUUGCAUAAUAUACCAAAUGGUGGCGGGAUUACCUCCAUUUAGAUCUAGGAGUGAAUACCUCAUCUUCCAGAAAAUCUUGAAGCUUGAGUAUGAGAUUCCUGAUGGAUUUUGUGAUCUUGCCAAGUCGCUUGUGAGUCAGCUACUUGUGGUUGAAGCAUCUGGACGACUUGGGGCAACUGAUGAACAUGGCAACGGCUAUCCAAGCAUCAGAGCCCAUCCAUUCUUCGAAGGAGUUGACUUUGAGACUCUUCACGAGCAGACACCACCUCCAAUCUACCCUUAUCUACCUGGUACCUCUGAGCACGAGGAGUUGAGAUCACAUUAUCGAGUUCCUGAUCAUCUGGAACCUGGUUUGGAUGAUAAACAACUGACGAGGCUUCUUGGUCUGGGAAUUGGGGAGGACACUACUGAUAAACCAACACCUGCAAUCGAGAAACCACGACGAAAGAGCGGUUGCAUCUCUGAUCUCUCCCCUGAAGAAAUCAAGGAGCAACUCGAAAAGCAAAAGACCUCCAAUCCCUGGAAUCCUUUCGUUGAUGAUCAUCUCAUUCUGAAACAGGGAUUUGUUAAUAAACGAAAGGGAUUAUUCGCCAGGAGAAGAAUGCUCCUUCUCACCACUGGACCUCAUCUCUAUUACGUUGAUCCUGUUAAUAUGGUACUCAAGGGAGAAAUCCCAUGGAGUCCGGAGUUGAGGGUCGAGCCCAAGAAUUUCAAAAUCUUCUUCGUUCAUACUCCUAAUAGAACUUAUUAUCUGGAAGAACCGGAGGGAUUUGCGUUGGAGUGGUGCAGGACUAUUGAAGACAUGAGAAUUCACUGUUAUGGGCUAUAGGAAUGGUAAUUCAAGGGGUAUGGGAAAUGAUGAGGAGGGUAAUUAAGGAAUUUCAAAGGCAUGGAACUCUCCUGUUUUUUCCUUUUUUAAAUUAGCCAAUUGAGGAUGAUUAUUCAUUAUUCGUCAUUAUUUCGGGAAUUUUCAAUUUAGUCAGAGAAAUUAGUAAAUUGUCCAGGUGUCUUUUUUUAAAAUUAAAUACUGUGCAGUGGUGAGCAAAUUAUUUAUUCAAUGUUUGAUGGUGGUUCGUAUUCUGGUAUUCCUUUUUAACAAAAGAUGUACAUUUUUUUCGUUCUCGGUCGAAUUUUCGUAGAUCAAUUUGUUAACUGACUGCGCUUUAUUUAAUUAGGAUAUAAUCGAUGAUAAAUGAAAUUUAAGAGAAUCUUAGGAAGAAAAAAACAACAAUGUGUAAACAUUGAGUUGAAUCGGAUUAACUGAUUGAUUGUAAUUAGCUGAAUUCAUAAUUGCAGUUACUUAAAUAGUUUCUGAAUUUUCUCGUCAUUUCCUGAAUAGUCAAUUAAUCAAGUAAUUAAUUGAUUCAAUCAAAUAAUUCAUUUGAUAUAAAAAAUACAAAAAUAGGAAAAAAUUGUUUUCUGUUCAGUGUCCUGUUAAGUUAAUCUACGGAAAGAAACGAAUGUUUUUUUUCGAUCUAUUUAUUAUUUUCGUGAGUAAAAUUCGAUUAAUUCAUCUAUCAAUGCAAGUAGUAUUAUUUUACGAUUCAAGAGUUACAUUAAAUUAGAAUAAGGGAAAAUUGAUUGCUGUGGUUAGCACACAACCGAAAGAGGGAUAUUCAAUUUUUGACGAAAGCUAAUUCAUGAUUUUUGUAUAUAAAAAUGUUGUGUUCAAACAUUCACAGACGCCCAAUCCACGAUAAUCAUCGGGUCUAUUUGUUUAAAUGUGUAUAAUAGUAUAAAUUUUAUACCUAAAAUUAUAAAUAUACAUAUUAGACCAUUUUUAGCCUUUAAUAUGUAUAUUUAUACAGAUAAACAUGUAUUUAUUGCUGUGAAUAGUUAUGUGUGUGUGUGUGUGUGUGUGUGUGUGUGUGUGUGUGUGUGUGUGUGUGUGAGUGGAAAUUUAUCUGAAUGUAUUUAAACGAAGAGAUUCGAUUGGACAAUUUAAACUAUAAUUUAAAUAUCUCAUUUCAACGGUUGGAAAGACUUGAACAGGUUAUAUAUAAGGUUUACGAGGGAAAAGAAAUCUUGUAAAGUGCAUGAGAUAUUUUUUUUAUCAAGCAUGAGAUAAUUCUUCCAUAUUUUUUUUUACAAAUUAUCAAUUUCUUCUUUAUGCUCGAAAUAAUUGUGAGAUUCUUUUGAGUCGAAUAAUUGUUCUCAUUGCCUAGUAGCACAUCCAAAAUGACCGCUUUUGGUAGGCUACGCAGGGCAGGGGCGGGCUAGCUGGCGAAUUAUUAUCUUAGGCACUUUACAAAUUUUUAAAAUCUUAUUUAUUUAUUUAUACCUACAUAUUUAUGAAACUAUUUAUUUCCGUCACUAAUUUUUAAUGAUAUUUUUAGCUGAGAUGAGAUAUUUACAAUGCAGUAAUUAUCGUGGAUUCAGUGUAGAAAUUGUGUCUCGUGGAAAUUGUGGUAUUUUUCUACGUUUUAUGAAGAAAAUUUUGUGCGAUUUUCAGAAUGUGAGACACAAUUUUUAACAUGAUGGGGAUUUAUUUGAGUUUCUAGCCAAUUCGAACGAAUUUAGAAAUUGUACCAUUGGCCAAAAUGAAGAUAUAAUUGUGAGAUAAUUAAUUCAAGUGUGUGUGUGUGUAAUUUAAUACAGUUGAUUGAUUUUUGUGCAUUAGUUUGGGCGAAAUAGUUUUUCGUCGAUAUGAGCAUGCUUCGGCAACUGUAAUUGCAGUAUUAUUAUUAUACAUACGUAAGGUUCAUCUUUUAUUUGUUAAUUCAUAGGGGCUAUCGGAGGAUUUUUUCCGACAUUUUUUCGGUGUAUAUACGACAUUUGUAACAUCACAUAGAAAUGAAAGGAGGGGGAGCAAUCCCGGAAUUACACACAGGCAUGAAUUUGAUGAUUAUACAUAAUUGUAAAAAGAGAUUCUGUAAAUAGUAUGUAAAAACCAUAUUCAUGUUGAAGAAAAAUUUAUUUAUAGUAAAUUUUCUGGAAUACCACAA